CUAAAAGUGGUUCUAUUCGUCUUCGUCUACGUAGAGCGUAGCUGUUCUACAAUCUUCUAGAUUUUCAGUGGUCCUACAAGAAUUACUUAUUCAGUUUCUAGGAAAUUUAAGAAAGCAUGUGCUGUCCCUCCAUGUGUUUCAUCUCCUGUUGAAGCCCCGUGCUGGGUACAUCAUCGUCAUCAUCUCCUGCGUCUCAUGAAGAAUUAUCUGUGUCGUCUAACCUCUUAAGUUGUUCAAAAAAGACAGGUUGGCAGAUGCAUUUUCUGUACUUAUCUCACGCUUAAUCCGUUAUUGAUUGAUUGCAGUUAGAGUUGGAUAUUUAUCACUCAGUAGAGGAACUCUGAUUGGAGGAAAAAAAGGAACAAAAUGGUCAUUCCUGCGAAGAAGGACCAAGAGAAGCCAAAAGAUGCGGCUAAGGUACCUAUGACUUUUCUCUCCACGCUAGGAUCGUAUCUAUGACAGAGAUACUUAUUCUUGUCGAACUCGAACUUGUCUUCACUCCAAUUUUCACCACUAGAACAUGGAAGAGAAGAAAAAAUAGAUACUAACUUGAUAUAACGGUCCAUCCUGCAUGUAUUAAGGGGUACAACUAGCUACUGGAAUUUCCUCGCAAAAUACAACCUCCAGGAGGAGUCAAAGUCAAAAACGGAAACCAAGCCCGAAGCAAUAUUAGACGAAGAGGAUGACUUUGUUAUGCCUAGAACAGAAAUUAGACUUCUUACCUCAAGUUUUCCUGGUAGGCCCACACCUAACCUAAAAUCUAAAGAAGAGUGCUGCUUACAGAAGCUGUAGUUCGCAAGAUCUUCUUUCUCUGUGCGUUGUACUUGUUACAGUCUCAGUAAAGCAACAUUAUCUGGAACAACAUCAAAGUAGACAGAAUAGUAGUUCCUACAUAUCAAGAGGUACGACCAUGACAUGACGCGAUUUCUCCAUCUCUCUAACUCUGAGGAAUUCAAGCUGCCAUCUUCGCUAUUGAAGGCAUCAGUAUUUCAGCGAGCGAUGUCCAAGGAGCACGUCGACCGAGCCAACUGGGAUGACGAGGACCAGUAUGACGCUUUCCAAGAGACAUUGAAGAAGGAGAUCGCGAAAGUGGGGAAAUGAAGAAGUGUUUUACUGGAUUAUUAACUUAAAUCAGAUUAGGUGGGGACUUAUGUGACAGGUCAACGUAAUUCAUGGUGUGGGGAAGUACCAGAAGUAGAAAUGUCAAGGAGACUUGGAGAACUCACAACUUUCAGGGUCAUGUUGAUUUUUUUUCACAUAAUAGGAAGGAGGUAGAACAAGUCGUGCCCAUUUACAACCCUGCCCCUGCCUCUUACAAGUACACCGACCUACAAAUAUGAGUCAGGAACAUUCAGAAAGACCAACCCCAAUCCCUUGAACCCAACCCUCAAUUCAAACCAGGCACCUCACCUGCUGCCAACGUUUUUAAUUAUAAACAAGGUUAGAUCCGAUUCAAGGUUACAAACCGUAACCAUGUGACUAACAAAAACAGCGUCUUCAUCGUGAAAGUUCGCUCUGUGUGCUGUACUCUUGAUGAUGUG